UAAGCACUUAACAAAUACCAUAAUCAUUAUUAUAAUCAUCAUUAUUAUUCCCUGCCCACAAGAAGUCUACAUUGUAAUGAAAGGUACGUAUGCUGUAAUACCAUUGGAAAGUUUUUGGCUUGGAUUUUUUUUUAACCAAUUUUUAGUAAUUAGAUUUUUGUUUUAAACUGUUCUCUUUUCGGUAGAAACUCUGUAAAAUUGUUUUAAAUAUUCUUUGUUAUUUUCCCCUGGGUGAGUAACCAGAAGAGGUCAGAGCCAAAAGUAACUGAUACAGAGACAGCUCUCCUAUGAGCAAUGCGCUGUUCAUUUUGCCUGCCUAGCAAUUUGCAUACCACACAAAAUUUUGAAGAAGCUUCUUUACCAUUCUGAUUUCUGUUAAUCCCUGCGGAACAAUUGUAGCUUUUAAUUUACCUCCUCCCAUUGCCUUUCUUAGCGUAUUCCUUAAUAUGCAUUUCACAUGUUUUCCAGUUAAUUUAAAUGUCUCAGCUUGUAGCUUUUUUCUCUAGUGACUAAACUCGACAGUUGUUCCUUUCAAUCCGUGACAGCUGCAAGAACAACUCUUCCUUCCAAAAUGGCCAUCCUAAAUUCCAGGUUAUAAGAGUCCGCAACUAUAUUUAGCCGGUGGGAUUAAAUUGCAAAGGCUUGAAGCUAGGCGAAGUACAUUGAUCUGCCUUUUUUACAGCUAGGACUGUGUGCUGAAAGGAGCUGAAGGUCUACGGAUCCUUACCCAGGCUGUUCAAAAAUGGAUUCCCAGCGAGAACUCACUGAGGAGCUGCGUCUUUACCAAUCCACCCUGCUUCAGGACGGUCUAAAGGAUCUCUUGGAUGAGAAGAAAUUCAUUGACUGCACCCUAAAAGCAGGUGACAAAAGUCUCCCUUGCCACAGAUUGAUUCUGUCAGCUUGUAGCCCGUAUUUCCGUGAGUACUUCUUAUCUGAAAUCAGCGAGGAUAAAAAAAAAGAGAUGGUCCUCGAUAACGUUGACCCCGCCCUGCUGGACUUGAUAAUCAAGUACUUGUAUUCAGCUAGUAUUGACCUCAACGACGGAAACGUGCAAGAUAUAUUUGCCUUGGCCAGCCGCUUUCAGAUUCCCUCAGUGUUCACCGUGUGUGUUUCCUACCUUCAAAAAAGACUGGCCCCGGGCAACUGCCUAGCCAUCCUGAGAUUAGGUCUUCUCCUUGACUGCCCAAGGUUGGCUCUGUCUGCCCGUGAAUUUGUGUCAGAUCGGUUUGUUCAGAUUUGCAAGGAAGAAGACUUUAUGCAACUCUCUCCCCAGGAACUGAUCUCUGUAGUUUCCAAUGACAGCUUAAAUGUAGAAAAGGAAGAAGCGGUGUUUGAAGCGGUAAUGAAAUGGGUCCGAACAGACAAAGAAAAUAGAGCCAAGAGCCUUGGGGAAGUGUUUGACUGCAUCCGUUUCCGUCUUAUGCCAGAAAAAUAUUUCAAAGAUCAUGUUGAGAAGGAUGAGAUCAUUAAAAGUAACCCUGACCUCCAGAAAAAAAUCAAAGUUCUGAAAGAUGCCUUUGCAGGAAAACUUCCAGAACCUAGUAAAACCGCUAAGGAGGCAGGCUCAGGGGAGAUGAACGGUGAUGUGGGUGAUGAAGAUUUGCUUCCUGGGUACCUGAAUGACAUUCCCCGACAUGGAAUGUUUGUCAAAGACCUCAUUCUUCUGAUCAAUGACACGGCGGCAGUGGCGUACGACCCCACCGAAAAUGAGUGUUACCUUGCUGCGUUAGCCGAGCAGAUUCCCAGAAAUCAUUCCAGCAUCGUCACCAAACAAAAUCAAGUGUUUGUUGUGGGAGGAUUAUACGUGGAUGAAGAGAACAAGGAUCAACCUUUACAGUCGUACUUCUUCCAGCUUGAUAACGUAGCAUCUGAGUGGCUUGGCCUUCCACCUCUACCUUCUGCCAGAUGUCUUUUCGGACUGGGAGAAGCAGAUGACAAGAUCUACGUAGUUGCCGGCAAAGACCUUCAGACUGAAGCAUCACUGGAUUCAGUAUUAAGCUAUGACCCUGUUGCUGUAAAAUGGAGUGAAGUCAAAAAGCUUCCCAUUAAGGUCUAUGGCCAUACCGUGAUUUCACAUAAUGGAAUGAUAUAUUGCCUGGGUGGAAAGACAGAUGACAAGAAGUGUACCAACAGGGUAUUUAUCUACAAUCCCAAGAAAGGAGACUGGAAAGAUCUGGCCCCUAUGAAAACCCCACGUUCCAUGUUUGGUGUGGCCAUCCACAAGGGCAAAAUUGUGAUUGCAGGAGGUGUCACUGAAGAAGGCCUUUCAGCUUCGGUAGAAGCUUUUUGAUUUAGCCAUAUAAGUAAGUAUUACAGCUGUGUUGAUCUUGGGAAUUACUGUAUUUUUUAUGUGGCUUCAACUGCCUUACGGCUAGUUGCUUAUUGAAAACCAUGGAACACAGAUGCUGUUUAAAAAGUGGGAAAAUCUACUGCAUCUGUACCGUUGUAUGCUCUGUCACCUGUUCUUUUAUCAAGGAAGAAAGGUCUAGGCUGUUGCCCUACUUAAUUCACUGGGAUGUAUUUUUUUAAAAUUUGCAUUUUACAGCUGUGUUGGUAAUUCCUGAAAUCGCU